AACAAUCCAACUCAUCCCACUUUCUCUUGCUCUCAAUUCUCAUACCUUCAAACAAAGUAAAAAAAAAACAGGGGCGACUAAAUUUAUUUGAAGAACACAUUUGUUUGAAAAAACAGAGAAAACAUAAAAAUGGCAGGAAAGGGAUCAUGUUUUUUAAUGGCAGUUAUUGUAAUUGCUGGAUUAUCAGGGAUGUGUUCAGCUCAAAGUACAUCUCACAUUGUUGGUGGUACUACUGGUUGGGCUAUCCCUUCUUCUCCUUCUUUUUACUCUACUUGGGCUAAUGGUCAAACCUUCUCCGUCGGUGACACUCUUGUGUUCAAUUUCCCAACUAAUGCCCACACAGUAGCCGAAGUGAGCAGAGCAAACUUCAACGGAUGCAAUGGAGCCAGCCCUAUUGGCGCUCUCCGUACCACCGGACCCGCUAACGUUACCCUCACCACCGCCGGAACUCACUACUACAUCUGUACCGUCGGCACCCACUGCACCAACGGACAGAGGCUCUCCGUCACCGUCACUGGUCCUUCCGGUGGAGCCUCACCCGCCGCUUCUCCCACCACAUCACCCUCUGGUACCGCCCCCGCUCAAAGCCCCGGUACCUCCGCUGACACCCCUUCUGGAAGCCCCACCGUCCCUGCCGCCUCUACCCCAACCGCUGAUAGUCCUGCCGGUUCAUCCCCAUCUGCCAACUUCGCCACUUCCACCGGUGUUACCAUGUUCUCCUUGGUUUCUGUUGCUGCCGCGGCUUUGAUGUUCUAGACAUGAGUUUUGUUGCACAAUAAUGUUAUUGGUUUUGGGUGUUACUUAUUUACCCUCUCUUUUUUAGUUUUUUUUUAUUGCUAAUUAAUUUUUGGUCAUCAGGAUUAUUGUUUACAUAUAUUUUUGGUAGUUCUUGUGUAAUAAAGCUGGUUUUUCAUUCAGCUUCUGUGUACUCGUACAUUUAUUUGUUAUGAAUAUAUUUUCUUCUCAUUCUUAUUAAA